UUACCAGAGCUCUUUACCAGAAGCGUUCAUAAGGAGGACGGUACAUAACCCGAGGUUCCACUGUACACAAGACUUCAGGUGCUGCCGACGGGCCUCCACCGCACCUGAUAACACACACAUACACCACCCUUAAUAUAGCUGCGUUCCUCACCCCCUCUUCUGCCACCACCAUGGAAUCAACAGCCUAACCCACCUUCCCUGCUGAGCUGCCAAUGUGGCAUCUAACCUUCGGAAGGGCAGUGGUGCCACUUUAGAAUAGGACUGACCUUGAUUGCCAUCUGUGGUAACCACCAUCUUUGGAUCGCAUAGAUCAUUGUGUUCUGGGUAAAUUAAGAUGGUGGGCAGCCACCAUAGAUGGGACCUAAGCAUGGCUUCCAAUAAAAAGCAGCAGUGCCACCCGCUGCUAAGACACCACCAGGGGAGAGGGGGGUAGCAGUGAGGACAGUGAGUGGUGGCAUAGCUGAGUUGAGCUGCAGUGAGGUCCUCGGCUAGUGUGCCAGGGCUGCAUGUAGUUAACAUCAUGUGGAGAAAAAGUAAGGCUGCAUACACUAGUUCUAUUCAGUGGUCUCUGCUUAGGAGAUACGCACCUAAUUUGUAGACAGUGUGGGGGCAAGCCUGGCACACAUGCUGCAAUGACAGGGCUGGCACACAUGGCUCUGCUCUUUCUUCAUGUGCUGUUGAUUGCAUGGAAAAUAUCAUGGCUAAAUAGAGUUCAGUGAAGAAUGUGAGUUGGAAUCAAAGUCUAUAUUGUGGCUGGAAUAGGUUGGGAGGGACAGUCUCUAUUGAUGUGAGAGGAAGUGGAAUAAUGUGCUGUAUUCCUUUUUUCAGGAGUAAAGUUACAUUGAUGGCAAUGGUAGAAACAAUGGCUGAGUGAGUGUAGGAUUUAGACUAAGCCACCUGCCAAGCCUCCACACUUCACCCAUUACAGGCUCCUUCCCUGUGAUCACUCCUGACUUUUCUGCAUUCAGCGUAAAGGCCUGAAUAAAAUUUCAAAGCAUGUUCAGCUGAGUGCAUUCUCCCAUCAGAUCUCCAUGUGGAAUGCUUGAUAGGACAUGAUUCUACUUUUAGAGCACAAGUGGUGAACCUUGUGCCAAAUUUGGCCCUACAGGGUUCUCUGUUUGGCCCCCGGACUCUCCACAGGCCACACCCCUCACCAGGCCUACUCAACACCCUCCUUGAGUGUUUUGCCCUGCUAGAAUGUGCCCUUGAACUCUGACAUUGCAGGAUAGAGAGGAAAGCAUGAGUAUAUGGAGAAACUAGCCUUCGAGUUAGUUGCUCUGCUCACUUUUGCCUCAGACUUCACCCCCCACUGGCCUGUGGCCCCAGAAAACUGCUCAGAAUAGACAGCAGCUCUUGAGCUGAAAUAAGGUUCCCUAUCCCUGUGCCAGGCAUAGAGUGGGGCGCCAAAGAUCCAUGUUAAAACAGCUACUGCAACAAAUAGACACAUCUGUCAGCAGAUCUCUUAAAUUAAAGCAGCAGUACUGACAAGUUUUACAUAUAAUACAGCUGAAGUUACGUUUCACACUUUAUUUUGAUGUGAGAUAAGAAGAUUCCUAGUUGAAAAGUACUCAACUCUUUAGUCCACAUGUUUGAAACUCAGUCUAGAGAAGUUAUGGAAAAUAUUCUUAUUGGGCAAAGAUACCAGAAAGGCUUGUUUGUGCUCAUUCCUUAGCUGUGUGCUUGGGUAUACAAGAAUAUACCCAUGGCAUUACUACUCUGUGACGUUUAUUUAUUAACACAGUGACGUUUAUACCAUGAGAUCAGGGUACUCAUUUGAAAGCCAAUCUAAUUAAAGCACUUGAGGAUAGCGAGGUGACAGAACGAAUGUCUCUAGAUGCAUUUGAGCCUCUGAGGGAGUUUGGGGGUUGUACCAUGGCGGAGUCUUCAGAUGCUCCCUCACUUCUGCCUGCAGUAAGGAAGAAGAAAAGCUUAUCAAUCCAGGAUAAAAUUAGUAUAAUAGCUGCAAUAGAAAGUGGAAAGAAGAAGACAGACAUUGCAGAAAGAUACGGUAUAAAGAAAAACUCCUUGUCCUCCAUCAUGAAGAACAAAGAGAAAGUUUUAGAAGCCUUUGAAUCGUGGCAAUUUGACCCUAAAAGAAAAAGGUUAAGGACUGCAUUUCAUACAGAUCUGGAAGAGGCACUGGUGAAGUGGUACAGAAUGGCUCAGUGUUCAAAUAUACCAGUGAAUGGGCCGAUGCUACGCUUCCAAGCUAAUGAUUUUGCACAGAAACUUGGACAUAAUGAUUUUAAAUGCAGCAAUGGCUGGCUAGAUCGUUUUAAAGCAAGGUAUGGACUGGCAUUCAGAUCUCAGCCAGUUGUAGCUCCUGCUCGUACUACUCAUACCACUACUGCUACCACUACAGAGGAUACAGCAACUGCUUGGCAUCAAAAUAUUCUGUCUUACUAUUUAAAGGUUUAUCAGCCAAAUGAUAUAUUUAACAUGAAGGAGACAGGAUUGUUUUAUCAGAUGUUACCUAGUCCUACUUUUACAUUUAAAGGAGAAACAUGCUCCCUGGGAAAAUUAGGCAAAGAAAAAAUAUCUGUAGUGGUUGGCGUAAAUAUGGAUGCUUCAGAAAAACUUCCGUUGCUUGUUAUAGGAAAGAACAAAACUCCCUGCUGCUUUCAGGGUGUCACAUCACUGCCUGUGGAAUAUCAGUCAACUACUAUGGCACAGAUGACUUCAGAGCUGUUUGAUCAGUGGGUGAGCAAACUUGACAAGAGAUUUCAAAUGCAGAAGCGUCACAUCAUUAUUUUUGUGGACUCUUUCCCUUUUCACCCAGAGGUAAGGAAUUUGAAGUCUAUCAGACUUGUAUCCUUCCCUUCUUGCUCACCCUCCAGAUUUACAGUUGUGAAACAAAAUAUCACCGAGAGUCUGAAAGUAAAAUACCGGUGCCUUCUUCUCAAGAGAUUUGUAGACUGUGUUGAAAGUGGUAAGGAAUUCAUGCUGACUUUGCUUGAUGCAGUUGACAUGUUAUACCUAUGUUGGAGGGCUGUAUCUCCAGGGACAGUUGUUAAAAGUCAUAGCAAAGAAGGGUUUAGAUCACAAACUGGGGAAAACAUUGAUGAGGACACAAAAACAGAAAUUAAUUUUGAUUUGGCUGCAUAUGCAUCGGCAGCAGGAGUUGAGUUUCCAAAAGGCUUGUCUUUGGAGGAAUAUGUAGCUUUCAAUGAUGACUUGAUAAAUUGUGAAAUGCCUCCUAACACUGAAAUAUCACAGGCUAAAAAAUGUACUUCAAAUGGAACUUAUGAGAAAGAUGAAGGUGAUGACUUUCCAGGAUGUAAACACCCUUCGCCAUCAAAGGAGGAGGCCCUUACUGCUUUAGAUACUCUUCGAAGAUUUCUUAGACACCAAGAUUUGAAGGAAUCUCUUCAUACUUCCUUCACGGUUCUGGAGGACUUUAUUCAUCUUGCAGCAUCUAAAUAAGUACUUUAAUGGAAACUACUAAUUGCUUAGUUCGUUUUGAAAACAACUCUAUCAUAUAGUACAGGCCUAUAAAAUUUGAGGCCUAUUAUGCUAAACCUGGGCUAUGAGCCAUGUAUGGUGGAUUUUGCUGCCUCCAUGGGACUGCAAAAACCCGGAGAGCUGUCAAAUGCCCACCACAUGGCUGGUGGAUUGUGUCUGCCUUGGCAGGUCACAAACUGGACAGGUCCAAUGAACAAUGCAAGAUUUUGUGAAUUGUGUUGCAGUGGUGCUACCCUGAUCCAUCAUCCUGUCUAUGCUCUCAGGUUACAAUUGUAUUCUUUUCACCCCAGAAGAAUUCAGAGUAGCAUUUGAGGCUCACAACAACCCUGUAAGGUAGAUUACGGCAAGAGAUCGAGAUGUAUCUUUGUAAGCACUGCUGUAUAACAACUAGUUUAUGUUAAUGCAAGUUAUCCUAAAAUAGUAGUUUUUCUUUCUGCAUUUAUUAUUAUGGUUGGAUAUUUAUUUAUACCCCAUCUUUCCCCUUGAUGGGACUCAAAG